AUGGCUCCUAUCCGUACAGCCAUCAUUGGCCUUUCAGGCAACGCCAUCUCAUCAUGGGCCAGCAUCGCCCAUCUGCCGUAUCUCUUAUCAGAGCGCGGUCGCUCGCAGUACGAAAUCGUCGCGCUCCUCAACACCAGCGUCGAAUCUGCCCAAAACUCCAUCAAGCUCUUUUCCCUGCCGCCGGGCACAAAGGCCUACGGCGACCCGGAAGACCUUGCCCGGGACCCGGACGUUGAUCUCGUCGUCUGCGCAACGCGCGUCGACGCACACUACAAGGCGACGCUGCCGAGCGUGCGCGCAGGCAAGCGGGCUUUCAUCGAGUGGCCGCUCGCGCAGGACGCUCAGCAUGCGCAGGAGCUUGCCGAGGCGGCCGCCAGCCACGGCACGCGCACGCUCGUCGGCCACCAGGGCCGCUUUGCGCCCGUCCUGGUGAAGCUCAAGGAGACGCUCGAGAGCGGCCGUAUUGGCAAGGUCCUCAGCAGCGAUGCGCGUUCGUUUGGCGGCGGUACUGAAGGCCGCGAUAAGCUUGGUGCUCGCGGCGCGUAUUUUGUGGAUCGUGCCGUCGGCGGUAAUAUAUAUACCAUUAUAUUCGGACACUUCUUUGAUGGCUUGCAGUACGUCUUGGGGGACUUGCAACAUGGCACCGCCCACUUCCAGCUACAGCGACCAGACAUUAAGCUAGUGGAACCGACUGGAAAAGUUGUCGAUACGAUCCGGUCCAACGUCCCCGACCUCAUCAUCGUGAAUGGCACUCUCAACGGGACCGAAACCACGCAGCAGGGCGCCACAGUGUCGCUGCGCUUCCGUGCGGGCGAGCCCUUCAAGGGCGAUCCCGCCUUUGUAUGGACCAUAAACGGCGAAAAGGGCGAAAUUCGACUAACUUCCGUCAAUGGGCCCACGUUUCACGCAGCAGCGGACAAUAAAACCGUGCAUCUCGAGGUGCAUGAUUUCGAAACUGACCAAGUCGAGAAGAUUGAAUGGGACUGGAGCGGGUGGGAGGCUGAGCUACCCAUGGUGGCGCGAAGCAUCGGCACGCUGUAUGAUAGAUUUGCCCGCGGCUUGGAUGAUGGUACAGACGGAUUGCCGUCUUUCCAGACUGCUUUGCAUAGACACCAGCAACUUGAAGAGCUGCUGAACCAGUGGAAGGAAUAG